AUGUCCGACACAGAAGAAGUAGUCGAUGAGGAAACCCAGUAUGUCCCCGCUCGUAACGACAAGGAAGAUGAAUCCAAACCCAAGCCAAAAUUCAUGUCAAACAUCGGCGCCCCAAAGAUCCCGGACGGCGGCGAGAAAGUAGACUUUGACGACAUCCACAGGAAGCGUCAAGAGAAAGAUCUGUCGGAGCUUCAGUCUCUGAUCGAGGCCCACUUCAUCCAGAGGAAGAAAGAGGAAGAGGAGCUGAUCGCCCUGGUCAACAGAAUAGAGAAGCGGCGUGCCGAGAGAGCGGAGCAGCAAAGGAUCCGAGCCGAGAGGGAGAAGGAGAGGCAGGCCCGGCUGGCCGAGGAGAAGGAGCGCAGGGAGCUGGAGGAGCAGCGCAAGAAGCUGGAUGAAGACGCCAAGAAGAAGAAGGUCCUCUCCAACAUGACCCAGCAGUACGGCGCCGGACAGAAGAGCGAGAACAGAAGAGGAGGCAAGAAGCAAACGGAAAGAGAGAAAAAGAAGAAAAUCCUGGCCGAGCGCAGGAAGGCGCUAAACAUCGACCAUCUGAGUGAUGACAAACUUAAGGAGAAAGCCAACGAGCUGUGGCAGUGGCUGAUGGAAUUGGAGAUGGAAAAGUAUGACCUGAAUGAAAAAUUUAAAAAACAAAAGCUAGACAUCAACCUGCUGCUGGUUCGAGUCCAGGAUCACCAGAGUACCAAAGGUCGCGGCAAGGGCAAGAUGGGGGCCCGGCUGAGGUAAAGCGGACUGCCCCCCUCCCCCAGGAAGGUGACAGCAAAACGCCGCGAGUCAAAGCAUCCAUAUUUCAUAUGAAUAAACCGAUCCAUAAGCUU